AUGGUUGGCGAAGACGAAGCGAAGCGCCAGAACUUCUACGUGGUUUAUGUGCCAGCGGAUGAGGCCAAGGAGCUGGAAGAAUGGGCAGUCGACCUGCCGCAAGACAAGGAGGCGCAGCUCGGCUGCUUGACGGAACGUCUGCGCGAGCACUUUAAGAGCGGUGCCACUGCGGCUUCCAAUCAGCAGCAACAGGCAACUUUCAAGCAGCAACUUCUGGCUCAGCUGCCCAAGGGUGCUACGUUGACCGAUGAAAUGCUGCAGAUGAUGUUGCAGAUGGACAGUCUCGUAGACUCGAUCCCGCUCGUGCUCAACACGGCCGACGUCAAGCACGUGGGCGUUAACAUGUAUGUGGACGACAAGGGUACUGCCAAGGCGCUGCCCACCAACGUCCGCGCAUCGGCUAUUGCUCAGGCUUGUGGUAAGAUGCUGGAGGUCAAGGGUGAUGCGUUCAUUGGACGGGUGCUCGAUAACGAUGACGACUUUGUGCGUAUGGAUUUCCGGUUGAGUGAGGUGUCUGGUGACGCACCAUGGGUACAAACGGCCAAAGUGCAGUCAGCUGCGGCAGCGGCAGGAAAUGGAGGUGCGGCUGCGGGAGCUGCACUGGCCCGUGCCAAGGCCCCGGGCAAGGUUAUGAUGCCUGGAUCGAUUCAGCGCAUUUGUGGUGCUGACCGGUGCUCGAAGAAUGGCACGCUGCGAUGCUCGCGAUGUAGGGCUCAGUUUUACUGUAGUCCAGUGUGUCAGAAAGCUGACUGGAAAUUGCACAAGGCCGGGUGCAAGAAAUAA